AUGUCGCUACUCGGCAAACCCAUCAGCUACCGCGCCACGCGACGCGACGCGUGCUGCCGACGAUUUCAAUCUAAAUUUUACAAUUUCCUAGAACGGCCCAGGGGUUUUAAGGCCGUUUGUUAUCAUAUGAUUGUGUUCUUGAUGGUGUUCAUGUGUUUGUCACUGUCGGUUUUCUCCACUAUAGAAGAAUACGAAGCAAGAGCUGGCAUUGUACUUCUCUAUAUGGAGGCCGUAGUCGUCGUGUGGUUCGCUAUAGAAUUUUGUUUACGGUUGUGGUCGUCGGGAUGUCGCUCUCGGUAUCAAGGAUUAAUGGGCCGCCUAAAGUUUUUAAGGCGGCCUUUUUGCAUAAUCGAUUUUACAACGAUCAUAGCGUCUAUGGUAGUGUUGGGUAUGGGAUCCUCGGGUCAAGUGUUUGCGGCGUCAGCGUUGCGCGGUUUAAGAUUUUUCCAAAUCUUACGAAUGGUGCGAAUGGAUCGACGAGGGGGUACAUGGAAACUUUUAGGCUCAGUGGUUUACGCACACAGACAGGAACUGAUAACUACGUUAUAUAUAGGGUUUCUGGGACUGAUUUUCGCAUCGUUUUUAGUUUAUUUGGCCGAAAAGGAUGUUGCUGAUACCAAAUUUAAGAAUUUCGCGGAAGCUCUUUGGUGGGGUGUUAUCACGCUGUGCACCGUGGGGUAUGGCGACAUGGUACCGCAAACCUGGCAAGGAAAACUCAUUGCCUCAUUUUGUGCUCUUCUAGGAAUAUCAUUUUUUGCUCUUCCCGCUGGCAUACUAGGGUCGGGUUUUGCCCUUAAAGUACAACAACAACAAAGGCAAAAGCACAUGAUAAGACGUCGGCAGCCCGCGGCUACGCUUAUACAAGCUCUAUGGCGCUGCUACGCCGCUGAUGAGCACUCUAUGAGUGUCGCUACAUGGAAGAUACAUCAGAUACCGCUACCAAGCCCUCAAAUUAGUCGGGUCAUGAGUGCAUCAUUCAAGAACAAUGCUUCCUUUGUGUCGCGUCUACCAACAAUUCGAAGACACAAAAGUACUUCCCUGCAUUCACCCGCACCCCAUUCGAAGCCUGCACAUCGGUACGACGUCAACGCAAGCGCAGAAAAUCUCGGGGCUACAAUUCACCACUCAGGGUGCACUCGAAAUAUCAACUCAGCCCAUAGCGUCGACUCGGUGGCCGAGACAGCGCUCUCCAACAAAAAUUCAAAUGACGAAGAGGACGAGCCCCGCUGUGUAACACUUACUCCGCGGCAUAAAGCAGCAAUUAGAUUUAUAAGAAAGAUGAAGUAUUUUGUGGCCCGACGUAAAUUUAAAGAAGCGUUAAAACCAUACGACGUAAAGGACGUUAUAGAACAAUAUUCCGCUGGCCACGUCGAUCUGCUGAGCCGAGUGAAAAACGUCCAGAAUAGGUUAGAUCAAAUUCUCGGCAAGCAAGGUUCAAAGGCAAAAGAUGUCUACGCGUCGAAAAUAAGCUUGGCUUCUAGAGUUGUUAAAAUUGAAAGACAAGUAGAUGAUAUAGAAAAUAAGUUAGACCAUUUACUAGAGAUGUAUGAAGAAGAUAGACGAGUAGCGAGAAGAAUAUGUAAUGAAGCGAACAGUAACGCCAAAGGAGGAGCUUCUGGGGACAGCCACACCCGACCAGCAAUUACGGAAAAACAGUACUCAGAACCAAAUUCACCCUUAUGCCGAACAUUUGAACAACCAGUACAUGCUUCUAUUCCUCCUAUUGCAUUUAAAAGACCAAUGAAUAGAGGAUACUCAGAUUUGGGCGCUAGGUUCAUGCGCAAGAAAGUUAUAGUAAAAACAUCAUCAAGUCGAAAUGGCGAGCUCAUCACAGAUAGCUCUGAAGUAUGUGCGAGUUGUUCCGUAGAGGUUGAAACGGAAGCUGGCGGGACACGGUCUGAUAGUUCGGGAUCGCCUUCCUGGUGCGAGGGCGAAGGUCCGGACGAGCGGGGCUACGGCUCUGGUGACUCACUCGCUGAGGAGACGGCCCUGCUCGCAGAUACAGUGCCUCCGCCUCAUCAGCCCCGUAUUUUGCGUCAACAAAGGAGGGACGUAGCAGUUGACUUACAUCUAUUGCGCCCCGAUGUAUGA